UGUGCUGCUUUCCCGAGUCCUCCUGUCAACAUGGCCUCUGCGAGCGGGCGGUGCCGGCUCAUCUGGGCAGCAGCCUCUGCACUUGUCUUGACUUUAGAUGCAGCUUUUGUGGAAGACUUAGAUGACUCAUUUAAAGACAAUCGUAAAGAUGACAUUUGGCUUGUAGAUUUCUAUGCACCUUGGUGUGGCCAUUGCAAGAAAUUGGAGCCUGUGUGGAAUGAAGUUGGUAUAGAGAUGAGAAGCAGUGGUUCUCCAGUAAAAGUUGGGAAGAUGGAUGCGACUUCCUAUUCUAGCAUUGCAUCUGAAUACGGAGUUCGAGGUUAUCCAACAAUUAAGCUCUUAAAAGGUGAUUUGGCAUACAACUAUAGAGGACCUAGAACCAAAGAGGAUAUAAUUGAAUUUGCUAACAGAGUAGCAGGGCCUCUUAUCCGGCCACUUCCUAGCCAGCAAAUGUUUGAACAUGUGCACAAGAGGCAUCGUGUACUUUUUUUGUAUGUUGGUGGGGAAUCUCCUUUAAAGGAGAAAUACAUAGAAGUUGCUUCAGAACUAAUUGUCUAUACAUACUUUUUUUCUGCCUCAGAAGAGGUGCUCCCUGAGUAUGUGACACUUCCUGAAUUGCCUGCUGUUGUGGUCUUCAAAGAUGGAACUUACUUUGUAUAUGAUGAAUAUGAAGAUGGUGAUCUAUCAUCUUGGAUAAACCGAGAGAGAUUCCAAGGGUAUCUUAAUGUAGAUGGGUUUACACUCUAUGAACUUGGAGAUACAGGAAAACUUGUGGCUAUUGCGAUUAUUGAUGACAAAAACUCUUCAGCUGAGCAUACCAGGCUAAAGUCUGUUAUUCAAGAAGUCGCUAAAGAUUACAGAGACCAUUUUCACAGGAACUUCCAAUUUGGCCAUAUGGACGGUAACGACUAUAUUAAUAGCUUACUAAUGGAUGACUUGACAAUCCCCACUGUUGUCGUAUUGAACACUUCCAACCAACAGUAUUUUCUACCAGAUAGACGCAUUGAGAGUACCGAAGACCUGGUUCAGUUCAUUAAUAACAUCUUAGAUGGUACAGUCGAAGCACAAGGUGGUGAUGGGUUUCUGCAACGAAUCAAGAGAAUAAUUUAUGAUGCCAAGUCUACUGUAAUGUCUGUAUUCAAGAGUUCUCCACUUCUGGGCUGCUUUCUCUUUGGUCUGCCACUGGGUGUCAUCAGCAUCAUGUGUUAUGGAAUCUGCACAGUUGACAGCUUUGGAGGUGUAGAGGAAAAUGAGACAUCUAAAAAGGAAACUGGAGAUAGGGAACUUACAGAUGAAGGCAGUGAGGAAGAACAAGAGCAGGAAAACAAAGAAAAAUCUGCAGAAAUUUCAGAUGGAGAUCAUGGACAGAAACAUAUAUUUGAUAAGAAAAAAGACUAGGUUGCCUAGUUUAAAGGAUUCUGUAGAAUUUCAAAAUAGCCUUAUUUAUUGAAGUCAGUCAUUUAAUGAUGAUCUUCACAGAAGAGGACCUUUUGUCUGUAUUUUGCUAGUUUUGACUUGCAUGUAUUCAAAUCUUCUUAUCAAAUACGGUCGGGGGAAGGGUGGGGACCUGAACGCUUUCUUAAUUAUUUUUGAUUAACAUUUUAUUAUUCUGAGUGUUGUCUCUGAAGAUUAAUGCUCCUAAACUGUUUGUUCACAGGCAACAAUCAGGUAAAAUAUGCUAUAGCCCUUGCUACACA